UCAAUUCUCAAUGUUCCCUGUAAUCCCUGUUGCCGCCUACAUGUGCCUACACGCGGACUUACUCAUCUUUUAGAGUAACAUGAGUUGGUAUUUCCUUUUAUAUUCCUGAGACGUUUGUGAAGCAAUUAAAUGCUUCGACUGCAACAGUAAAAAUAACUCGGCGUGUUUAGAGAUGCAUGUUCCAAAAAUGCACGCUAUCAUACCUAUCGUCGACUGCAGAGAAUCUCUCUCCAAUACCAUAGACAAAAGGGAAUUCUUCUGCAGAAAGAUUACACAGACAAUCUUACAUCCAGAUCAGACGCCAGAAGUCCGGAUAACUCGUGGUUGUGGCUGGGUGAGGAGCAAGAGGGAAUGCUACAAAGCUGACAACAUGGACCACUUGGAGACAGUCUCGGUGUCAAUUCGUUGUUUCGAGUGCAACAGUAUGAACAACUCCAUGUGCCUGGACCCUACCAUCUACGACAAGGAGACUAUCAACAACUUCCUCCCCAUCGCAGAGUGUGGUCGUGGCAUCUACUCCGCCAAUAAUGAGUUCUUCUGCAGGAAAAUUAUUCAGACCAUUCUCCAUAAGGGUUAUGAGCCGGAGGUCCGAGUGACCCGUAGCUGUGGCUGGGUGCGUCAUCACCGCGACUGCUACAAGGCUGACAAUGAAGACCAUCUCGAAACAGUCUGUCAGUGCUUCGACAACGAGUGUAACUCUGCCUACGUCCGCAAGAGUGCGCUAGCUCUGGUUGUAGGAGCGACAGUUAUGAUGUACCUGUGAUUACAUGCAGUAUUAUUUUG